CCUGCAUUGCUGAAGAGUCCAAGGAGCUCCAGGGACCACAGGGGAUCUGAGAGGUGCUGGCUACUGUGACCCCAGUCCAGGUGAGCCACCACGAAGUUCUGUGCAGGAGCUUUCCAGCACUGCCCGGGUAGAGGCGUAACGGCGGGACUGCAAAGGUGCUUGAAUGGAGAGCGCCCUGGCGUGGGCACUGUGGUUGCUGCUGCUACUGCAGGAUCCAUGCAGCCUGGGAUUGUCAUGCAACGUGUCUUCGGGGACCGUGGACUGGAGCAGGACGUUCACAGCCACAUGUCUGAACUUCAGUGGUCAAGGCCUGAACCUGCCCCUGAACAAGUCUCUGCAGGCCAGCAGCGUUGAGCUCCUCGACUUGUCUGGGAAUGGCCUUCGAAAGCUCCCGUGGUCCUUCUUCGCCAACCUGAGGAGUCUGCAGAUCCUGAACGUGACCCACAACCCCCUGGAGCAUGUGGAUGAGAUGCUGGUGGAAACCUGCACCCUCGACCUCAAGGCUGACUGCAGCUGCAUUCUAGCCCCCUGGCACAAGGUCCGGCAGGAAAACUGCUCUGGCUUGCUAAUUCCACAGUGCCUGGAUGCAGGCACUGGUGCGUGGCGCAACCUCUCCACCUUCCUGGAGGCUGGAUGCCCACCUCGCCUGACCUCAGUGACCAUUGGGGUGCUGGUGGCCAGUGGAGCUCUGCUCCUUGUGCUCUCCAUAGCUGGCUCGUUGCUGGCUUGGAGGCUCCGGACACGCUGGGGGCCCAGUAGCCAGGGCCUGGGCAAAACAUGGGCUGCUUCAGAUGGUCCGAGGCCCAGCUCAGGCCGGCAGCCGAGGUACAGUAGCCGGAGCCUCAGCCCUAAGCAAUCAGCGGUCACCCCGCCCAGACCCCCCACGCCUGACUACGAGAAUGUGUUCAUAGGACAGCCACCUGCCGGGCACCAGUGGACGAAACAUGGGCCUCACCCUUCAGAGGAUGGCGACCUCUACAUGAACUACGAGAGCCUCCCCCAGGCCUCCCCGUCCGUCUACCCCGUCUACGGCAACCUGCAGUUCCGGGGCCAGACCGCCCCGGCUGAGGAGGAGUACGUGGCCCCGGGGCACUGA